CUAUUAGUAGUAGCGUACUUGGUAGAGGGCAUCUUUUUUUUCCCUUCUAAAUGCAGUAUAUUCAUGGAUUUCAAUACGAACCAUGUUUCUGGUCAAAAGAUACUGACUUCGACCCUCUCUAUUCCUUGACCCAUACAUCGAGGGUGAGUAGCUUCAGCAUCGUGCGAUAGUAGAUGGUACGCAACUGUCUAUUACACAGACCUCGAGUACAACACCAGACCAAGACCAUGGGUUAGCAUCGUCGAAUGACCGUGAAUCUUGUCGCAUCUCUUCUGCUCUUUCGUGCUAUAGCCUGAGCCCGCCCGUCGAACUGGUCGAACUGGGACACAAAGCCGAGUGCUUGAGAGAAUGCUAUAUCUCACUGGCUCUCGUCGCUUCCAUCCAUCACUCCAGCCUUGACUAACCCACCGCCGAAUACCGCUGCCGAAUACCGACACGGCCCCUGAAAUAUGUUGCCCUCGUCUGUCCUGACCCGCCUCGGCCUCGGCCCCGUUCCUCGCCGGCUUUGCGUACGACGAGCGACAACAGCUCCGCCUUCGCCUUUGUCUGCGUCUGCGUCUUUGCUUCGGCCAUUCUCUGCGACCGCCCUUCGCCGCGAGAUCCUCGAUGUCUCGAUCCUGCCUCCUCGCAUCAAACCCAAGUACAAAGAUAGCCCGACCUCGUCGCUGUUAUCGCUGCAAUGGCCCGAGCCUCCGCGAAACAUCCUAAUCAUCCCCAAAUUCCACGCUCCGCAGGUCACUCUGUCCGCUGUCACAUUCGCGAAGCAUGUUCACCAAGAAUACUCCGGCGUUAAUCUUGUCUUUGAACACCGUGUCGCUUCUCAGAUUCACGAGACUCUGCCCUUUCCCAUUUACACCGCAGACCCCUCGGCCAUGCAUGACAAGAUCGAUUUAGUCGCUACGUUGGGCGGCGACGGUACUAUCUUACGCGCCGCCAGCCUCUUCAGUCUUCAUUCGUCCGUGCCUCCCAUGCUGUCUUUCAGUAUGGGUUCUCUAGGUUUCUUGGGCGAAUGGAAAUUCGACGAAUACAAGCGCGCGUGGCGUCAGGUAUAUAUGAGCGGCAGCCGAGUUGCCGUGACCGAUUUGCAGGACCCUCAUACCCAAGCCGCCGCUAACCGUCAGCAUAACGACCAAGACGAUUUACCACUUCACGAUGCUUGGAGUCAUGUACGUGGCAAAUCUAUGGGACUUACUAGGUCGAGUAAAGUCCUCCUCCGACAUCGCCUCAAGGUUGGAGUAUACGAUGCCGAUGGUGUGAAUAUCAACAGCCAGUUGAUGCCCACGUCAACGGCCGAACCCCAGCAGCUUCUCCCUCCGAUGCCAGUGGCAACCAAGACGCCAGACGAACGGGCAGAGCCUAUGAAACGAGCAUUCCACGCAAUCAACGAACUUGUCAUUCAUCGAGGACCUAAUCCUCAUCUCGCCAUCAUCGAUGUCUACGUCAACGGGCGCUUUUUAACCGAGGCCGUAGCAGAUGGGAUAUUAGUUAGCACCCCAACAGGCUCCACGGCUUAUUCGUUGUCUGCCGGCGGCAGUAUAAUGCACCCGCUCGUCAAGGCGCUCCUCAUCACUCCCAUCUGCGCUCGAAGCCUCAGCUUCCGACCUCUCGGCCUGCCCCUAAAUUCCAAGGUCGUUCUCAAGCUGAGUGAGAAGAACCGUGGCAGAGAGCUGGAGGUAAGCAUUGAUGGAAAGCGCAAGAGCGGCGUGACUAUCGGGAUGGAGAUUCGAGUCGAGGGAGAAACGGUGGGCCGGACGACAGACGGCGGCUGGGCUGGAGGUGUCCCCUGUGUCAUCCGGUCUCCAGCGAAUGGGAACCCCACCGAGGAUGAUGACGGAUGGGUUGGGGGUCUUAAUGGCCUGCUUAAGUUCAAUUAUCCUUUUGGAGAAGCCUAGGAGGAGUCUUGGAUCACUAUUUAAAUCUUGCGCGCCAUACCUCGUAGCUCUCUGCCUGUUGCUUUUGGGAUAGCAGCUCAUUGCUAUCGGUUGAGUAACAGUGCAUGCUUGAUACAUUCGCGUUUGGACGCCAUUCAGAACUAGCUUAUUAGGUAUAUCUUUGAUCGCAUUGCAUUUGAUACCCCUGCAUAGUUUUGUACAAGUCCAUUUAGCUAGUGGGAUUCGUUGGAUAGUGUACAACAUCUACUAAGAGAUUAGAGGGUUUGUGGGCGGCCCUCCCUAGUAAAGAGACUUGCUAUUUUGAGACUAAAAAUACGGUAUCGCUGCAGAGCUUUACCGUGGCCUGUUGACUACUAGACAUGGAUGAAGAAAGAUAGCUUUCAUUGUGAGUAUCAUGGAGUCUUAAAAAUACGCGGGUAGCUGCUUGUUAGAAACCUAGAUAUCUAUUCCGCCUACGACAUAUUACCGCGGUAUCCCGAGUGACACAUUCUGUCCUGUAUUAUUUCCUACGUUUUAGAUUCGUAGACGAGGUAGAUUCAUA